AUGUUUGCUUUUGUUUCGCGUCGCACUGCUACCUCCGCUGCCCGCAUGGGUGUGCGUGCCAAGCAUACGCUCCCUGACCUGCCGUACUCGUACGGUGCAUUGGAGCCGGCUAUUGCUGGUGAAAUCAUGGAGGUGCACCACUCGAAGCACCACCAGACCUAUGUGAACAACCUCAACCACGCCGAGCAGCAUAUGGCUGACGCUACUGCGAAGGGCGAUGUCAAGACGGCGAUCGCUACGCAGCGUGCGCUGAACUUCAACGGCGGUGGCCACAUCAACCACACGCUGUUCUGGCAGAACUUGGCCCCGACCUCGCAGGGUGGCGGUCAGCUCGACAGCGGUAUCCUCCGCUCGGCCAUUGAACGUGACUUUGGCAGUCUGGAGGAACUCAAGACCCAGUUCAACGCCGCUCUCGCUGGCAUUCAGGGCAGUGGCUGGGGUUGGCUCGGCUAUGACGCCGCGGCUGACAGGCUCGCCAUUGUCACGACGGCCAACCAGGACCCGCUUAUCUCGCACAUCCCUCUCAUCGGCAUUGAUGCCUGGGAGCACGCCUACUAUCUGCAAUACAAGAACGACAAGGCGACCUACUUUAAGAAGAUUUGGGAGGUGAUCAACUUCGAGAAGGCGGAGGAGCGCAUGAAGGCCUCGCGGAAGUAA